AUGGGAGGCAACGUGAUCGUGAUCGUGUCCAAGGCGGACUGGGACGAGAAGCUGGCCGCGGCUGCCAAGGAGGGCAAGGGGGUUAUCGUGGACUUCUUCGCGACGUGGUGCGGGCCGUGCCACUUCAUCGCGCCCACCUUCGAGGAGUUCAGCAACAGCUUCACGGACACAGUCUUCCUCAAGGUGGACGUGGAUGCGGCGCAGGAAGUUGCGGCCAACGUCGGAAUCACUGCGAUGCCCACCUUCCAUGGGUACAAGAAUGGACAGAAGGUUGGGGAGGUUGUUGGAGCCAACAAGGCAGGACUGGAGAAGCUGAUCGAGCAGUGA